AAAAUGAGAUUUUUUGAUGUUAAACUUGAUAAAUAAAAAUGACAUCAGUAACAGAGAAUACAAAGGACAAGGGACAAGAAGAUCCAAUUAGAUGUAUAUUUUUUUCGGAAUUUCAUCAUAUUGUGGGUCCAAUGAUUACUUGCCAGGUUCCAGAUAAUUUUAUUUCAAAGGAUAUAUUUGAUACUGUCAGUGUUUAUAUAAUACCAAAAGCAAAGUUACAACGCAGUACUAUUACAGUAACAUUAAAGGAUUAUAAAAUACUAGGAUUUCCAGUGAAAAUUGAUGAUAAAAAAUAUGCAAGAAAUGCAUUUUAUUUUAAUUUGUGCUUUGUAUGUGAUGCAGAAGCACGUACUGUGCAUUAUGAACCUGUUGUAAAAAAAAUGUCUGAUUUUCUAAUGGCUCUUGAAGAGGAAAAUUGUUUUUUAUCUGCCUCAGAGGAUAAAACAAGGUUAGCAGAAAUGCUACAACAAGUAAUGCACGAUUUGAAUUUACAUAAAAUGUGUACAUUAACAGAGGGAACAAUGACAUCUCAUUUGAAAGUUAUAAAAUUAGCACCUGAACCGAAACCAGUUCUUGAUCAUCAGGUACCAAUAUUUUUGGAAGGCCGAGAAACAUUUCAAACUGAUCAGUGGGAUUUAACCACACAGCAAGUAUUGCCAUAUAUAGAUGGAUUUAAUCAUGUUGCACGAAUAGCAGCUGAAGCAGAUGUAGAAAACAAUCUGGUUAAAAGCUGUGUACAGAAUCUUAUUUAUUAUGGUGUUGUAACUUUGAUUCCAAUAUUUCAAUAUAGCAAUGUUUAUGCUGCUACUCCAAAAUUAAGAGAAUUAGCCGAAAAUACGAAGUUACAAGAACGAUGUAUAACUUAUACUUCAAAAUUUCCUAGGCAACCUGCAUAUCUUAGAGAUAUAUAUCGAAUGUAUGCAAGUAUGACACAUGGUAGCAGUAUGAGAGAUUUAUGUCAACGUCUUAAUCCUCAGAAUUUAAGAAUUAAUGAAAGGCGAUUAGUACAAUUUGGUCUUAUUGAAGGUUUUAUUCGUAGAGUAUAUAAGUAUCCAAUAUAUUUAUCAGGCUCUCCUUGUAAUGAAGAAACGAAGAACAAUCCAGUUUAUAAAUAUUUUACAGGAACAUAUAGUCUUGAUGAAAUUUGUUGCAGUACAGGUCAAUCAGCUGCGCAACUUGAAGAUAUUGUCGAACGCGAUCCAAAUGUUAUUAUGUUAUGGAAGUAAUAUUUAAGAAAAAUAUUUCGUGAAAUUUGAUUUUUGUAAUCUUGAUAAAUGUAAUAAAAUUCAUUCAUAUAAGCAGAAAUAUGGUAACACGCAGGAUAUAUUAUAUAUAAUUUAUAAUAAAUGAUAAAUAAAUAAGUUAUAGUUGCAAA